AGCUGCUCAGUUCCAGCGAGAACAUUAUAAGCAGCAGCUGCGGGAUCUGCCUGUGCUGAGCUCUUAGCAUUUCCUUGCACCCUCCUGUCCCCCGGGAUCUGCUCGUACCCCUGGAUUACUGUCACCCCCUGACGCGCUGAUGUCCCCGGGGCUCUGUGCGCUCUGGACAUUGUGGAUAGCUGCGCCUGGGCUCCGCUCUCUGCAGGACACAGCCGGAUUGCCGGGGUCGUGUUAGGACCCGGUUUUACGCCAUGCAACCUCAGGACCCUCUUGUACUUUCCUGCAUCCUGCUAAGUUUUUGCUACACCGUUGCAAAGGAUAUUAUUCCACCAACUCCACGUGUGCAGCUCUCCUUCCGUGAGCUGAAGGCUUCGAACACCGCACAUUUCCUGAACUUCCUGCUGAACACAACAGAUUAUCGUAUUUUGCUGAAGGAUGAAGAUCACGACCGGAUGUAUGUGGGCAGCAAAGACUACAUCCUGUCCCUGGAUUUACAGGACAUUAAUCGGGAGCCUCUCAUAAUUCAUUGGCCGGCAAAGCAGCAGAGAAUAGACGAAUGUGUCUUAUCUGGUAAAGAUAUCAAUGGAGAAUGUGGUAAUUUUAUACGUCUUAUCCAACCCUGGAACAGAACGCACCUGUAUGCGUGUGGGACAGGAGCGUAUAAUCCUGUGUGCACGUACAUCAACCGUGGACGCAAAGCGCAGGCCUCAGAUCACACAGCACCCCCUGGAGGAAGAGGGAGCAGAGCAGCAGAUUAUCCACCCAGCCCAGCACCAGCAGAGCACAAGGACUAUGUGUUCUAUCUGGACUCAGAUCGAGUGGAGUCAGGGAAAGGAAAAUGUGCUUACGACCCCAAACUUGACAGUGUCUCCGCACUCAUCAAUGAGGAGCUCUACUCUGGAGUCUACAUAGAUUUCAUGGGCACCGAUGCUGCUAUUUUCAGAGCAAUGGGCAAACAAGCAGCCAUGAGGACAGACCAAUACAAUUCCCGCUGGCUCAAUGACCCGGCAUUUGUCCACGUACAGCUGAUCCCUGACAGCUUGGAGCGAAAUGAUGAUAAACUUUAUUUUUUCUUCCGGGAAAAGUCAACAGAUUCCCCACACAGCCCGACCAUAUAUUCCCGCAUUGGAAGAGUGUGCCUGAAUGAUGAUGGGGGCCACUGCUGCCUGGUUAAUAAAUGGAGCACGUUCCUGAAAGCACGGCUGAUAUGCUCCGUGCCAGGGGCUGAUGGGAUAGAGACUCAUUUUGACGAACUACAGGAUGUCUUUAUACAACAGACGCAAGACAAUAAGAACCCCGUCAUCUAUGCUGUCUUCUCUGCCUCUGGCUCUGUGUUUAAGGGUUCAGCAGUGUGUGUGUACUCUAUGGCUGAUAUACGCAUGGUGUUCAAUGGACCAUUUGCCCACAAGGAAGGACCCAACUAUCAAUGGAUGCCGUAUACAGGAAAGAUUCCAUACCCACGCCCUGGAACGUGUCCAGGAGGUACGUUCACUCCAUCUAUGAAAUCUACAAAGGAUUACCCAGAUGAAGUGAUAAACUUCAUGAGGACACACCCAGUCAUGUACAAUUCGGUGUACCCUGUUCAUCGCCAGCCAUUGCUUGUCCGCACCAAUGUCAAUUACAGGUUCACCAGCAUUGCUGUGGAUCAGGUGGACGCAUCUGAUGGAAGAUAUGAGGUUCUCUUCUUGGGCACAGAUCAGGGCACGGUGCAGAAAGUGAUUGUGCUUCCAAAGGACGACUUAGAGACAGAGGAGCUCAUUUUGGAGGAGGUGGAAGUAUUUAAGGUCCCUGCACCCAUUAAAUCCAUGAAAAUAUCAUCUAAACGACAACAGCUCUAUGUCUCAUCAGUGUCUGGUGUGACACAUCUUGCCCUCCAUCGCUGUGACGUGUAUGGAGAGGUGUGUGCUGACUGUUGUCUGGCCAGAGACCCUUACUGUGCCUGGGAUGGAAAAACGUGUUCGCGCUAUUCAGCAUCCUCCAAGCGGUAUGCAGAGGGACGAAGCCGGCGACAGGAUGUUAGACACGGAAAUCCCAUCAGGCAGUGCCGUGGGUACAACUCCAAUGCAAAUAAGAAUGGGAUGGAUGCUGCGCAGUACGGGGUGGAGGGAAGCUCCGCCUUCCUGGAAUGCCAAGCUCGCUCCCCCCAGGCCUCCAUCAAGUGGAUACUACAGAAAGACCAUUCUGAACGCAAAAAGGAGCUUCGCUCAGAGGGACGGUUCUUGAAGACUGAACAAGGUUUACUCAUCCGAUCACUACAGUUGUCUGAUGCUGGCGUCUACCAUUGCACAGCCACGGAGAACAACUUCAAGCAUACAGUAAUGCGUGUUCGACUCCAUGUUCUGAGUGCCGAGGCUGUCACUGCUGCACUCCUUCACCCUGACACACCGGCUGCUUUAGCAUCUCCACCUGCUGGCCCACCAGGGGCCUAUGAUGAUCUUGUGCAGCUUCUCUCCCAGCCCGAGAUGGGACUAAUCAACCAAUACUGCCAAGGAUACUGGCGCCCGUCGGGCUCCAUGCACAGUGACGCCAAAGACCUACAGGACCAGAAACGAGCAAGAAAUCGACGAAACCACCCGCCCACAAAGGAGCUGCAGACAUGAAACUGGGGAUGCUUGCUGCUGUAGGACUUUUCUUUUUCAGCCACCUGACCAUACACAUUGCAUUUCCCUCGAACUAGCCCUUAUUUUAUUUUUACCCAAACAUUUUUUUAAAUAAGUAAAAGAACUAUAAAUAUAUAAAUAUCUAUAAAUGUCUAUAAAUGUAAAGAACAUCAGAGGAGUUUCCUUUCAGGGUCCCUCAGAAUUUAUUUAUUAAGGGAAAGAAAUUCCCAUUUUGAAUGAGGGGAGGUUUGCUUUGGGCGAUUUGUUACUUGACUGUUCAGCAUGUGAACAACUUCAUUAUACCAGACCAUGCAGGAUGACCUGCAGAACAUCACAGCCUUGGUGCACUGCUGCACAUUGCACCUUUCUUGAUCAGACUACAGAACAGCAUUUCUGUUUCAUCCUAUGACCACUACACUACAAGCAAAAUGUUACUCCACUACCACUGCCUUGUGUGAUGUCCAGCUGCCCUGCAGACCGUUGUUCAGCUCUGGUAGCCCGUCCUUCCUGCUGUUACUGUACAUAUAUUUAGUGGCCCAUGAACUUCGCAGGCCUUUUUAAAGCACUGGAGACGCUCAGCACUCCAAAUGGUGACUUGCCAUGAAAGCUUCCCGUUAGAUCAGUGGAUGAUGCUUCCGUGAUCUGCCUUCAUGCUAACAUGCUACAUGUCAUCUCUGCAUAGGAGAGCGCUGCACCUUAUUCUGGAGGCUUCAGAGUCUGGUUGGACAAUUGUGUUUGUGGGAGGCGCUUCAAUGGUGUUCAUUGGGACAUGUCACUCUGCUUCCUUAAAGUCUUCCGUUUUGUUUUUGGUCGGUACGAUUAGCAGUUUUCUGAGUAAACGUAAUAUAUAAACCUAAUGGAGGUUUUAAGUCAAUGGUAAGAGACAAUCUAUACAGUGAUCAUAUAUGUAUAUAAACUUCACCUUUUAUAGGACUGUGUAUAGGAGCAAUAGGGCCCCUACCAUUGUAGGGUGACAUUGGUUGUUAAAAUAUUAGGAACAUGGGUGACUUUGUCCUGAUAUCUGUAUAUGUUCCCCCAGUAUUAGAGGGGAGAUCUGUGUCUUGAUGUCUUUGUAUGGAGACAUCUUCCUUUUGUCAAGUAUGGAUGGGAACAGGGACCACAAAUGCGGCCAUGUGAGGUUACCUGUCGUAAUGUAUGUGUAUUGAUGGUAGAUGGGACAAUACCAGCAAGAGGCAAAUUGUAGAAUGGACCUGAGGACUCUUGUAUGAGGAGCAAUUUGGACAUCUCUGAAGCUGUCUCACUAUACAUGGUGCACCUGAGAAGUGCGGAGGCUCCUGGUCUCAUCUGUAUUAGGAUGCAGUGUGCUUUACUUGUAUACUGUGAUGUUCACACAAAUGACAGCUUUCUAGUAAGACAAUGCAUGAACAGGACUUCCAGUGCUGGUUCUGCCCUUCAUCCUCCCUGCAACGUGCAGUUCUUGAUUGUCUGUAAAUAAAUGUAAAUGCGGAUUGUUUUUUUUCCCUGAGUUUAAGCCUGAAACAUGCAGUGAAUUAUCUCCUGUGGCUGAACACUGGCCUGUUUUAUACAUUGUGACUGGGGUGGGAUGAAGGGAUAUCCAGGCUUUGCUUGUGGCUGACUUACAGCAAGGAGGGAGGGUAAUGGAAUCUUGG